AUGAUUCGCUCAGGGCAGAGAUUCGUUCAUAUUCAAAUGAGGCCAAAUCUUUUUCAGAAGCAAAGAUAUUUUCUUGGUCAUCACUACAUGAAAACAUAUCCACAACUGAUGAUAUGUAAUAGUCUGCUGUCUCGAGAACUUCAUUGCUCACCACUGUCGUUGAAAAAGAAACGGCAGGCUAAAAUAACAGGAUUCGAUGAUGGAGAUGCUACUGGUAAUAGUGAUCCAACAAAAAGUUAUACUUCCGAUUUUAUUAUACAGCAUGGAACAAAUGAAAUGAAAACUAUGGAAGAUAUUUUUGUUGAAGAACUUACUAAAAGUCUUUCAUUAAAAGUUGAUUUGCGGACAUAUGAAGAUUUUGUUGUGAAAACAGAUGAUGGAAAGCAGUACAAAUUAAUUACGCUGGGAAGAAUUAAAUUAGUCUCACCAUUAUUGAUUUCCGUAGAUUUCGCAGAUAAUCCAGGAAUGAUUAAAUUUACACGUCUCGCCAUUGAAAAAUCAAAACUUAAUGUAACACCAAGACAAGAAGGUGCCGUAUUGUAUAUUUCCUUGCCUCGGAUAACACGUGAAAGACGUGAAAACUUGGCCAAUGUAGCUUCGAAAAAGUUGCUCAAUGAAUAUAGAAAGGCUUUAAAUGACGUUUAUUCAAAAUACGAUCGGGAGUUGCAGGAUCACAAUGAAUUUGCAAAAAUAAUGCAAGAACUUUUAAAGGUGAAAAAAUCCUUGGAGAAGAAAGCAGUGAUAAUGAUAGAAGAAAGGCGUUCUAAAUUGCUGACGGAAGUUAUCUAA